AUUGUGACACAAGUGAACACAAAUGGUAAAAUCUGUGUCCUCAGGAAAACAUGGACUGAAUGCAAAGAAACGAUGAAAAAGAACAUAAGUCGCAGUUUGUAACUAAAAACAACCAUUUUAUGAAAGUGAAUGAAAUCGUAUUCCAGAGUGAUAAUUUGAGUAGUUUAGCUUGUCGUGGUGUCAAAUGACAAUUCAAGUCAGACAGUGUUUGGUUCGCUCCGCGCUUUCGCCCUGCGGUUGUUAACGAGCUACAAAUUAAUGUUGUACUUUAACAAAACCUAAAUUUUCGUAGUUUUUGUAUCGGACGUUCUUGCCUACGAUUCACAAUAAUCGGCUAUGGAAAGAAAAAUCGGUCUGGACACGUGAUAGUUAAUCCUCCCGUCUGGAGUUCUCAAAAUGAAACAGUGAUUUCAACUGUUCGAUGUGUGAGAUUGUAUAGAAAACAGUAUGGGUUCGGAAUUAAUUUCAAGUAUUUGUUGAAAGCUACCAUGGACAAGGGAAAACAAAAGUAUGAAAGUUUUGAUGACGACGACGAUGAAGAUUUUAGUGGAAGUGAUGGCGACUUGAGCGUUGGCAGCAGCGGUACUUCAAGUUCGUCAAAUAAAGAGGAUCUUGUUAUUGACAAAGCGUUUCUUAAAUGGAUAGCUCCAGGUGGUUCUGCCGAUCAGGCUGGUUUUAUGAAAGGAGAUGAAGUGAUUAGUGUUAACAAUUCAACUGUGCACGGAAGGAGAGUCACUGACAUUGAUGAAUUAUUAAAACGAAGCAAUGCUGUUGAUGUGAACGUCGUAGUAGAUCCAUCGAAAAGAAAGUACAAGAAAUAUGUGGGCAAUGGUUAUGAUUUAUAUCUACAUCAAGAUAGUCGCGAUGAUAGCAGUGACCAGGAGUCUUUAGAAAAUGACAAUCAUUUGACUACCACUGGUUCUGAUCGUUAUUUUUUUAUCACACGCGCAAAAAAAUCUGAAAGUUCGAAAAAUAGAUCUCGCCUGCAUCAGUUUCUACGUCCAACAUCUUACUGUGAUGACGAGCCUUUAAUGGAGAGUAAGCCUGUCUGCAUGUCUAAAGAUAAUUCAAAUGAAUGUAACUGGAACCUUCAAAAUGUCGACGAUAUCAGUAAAGGGAAUAAGAUGAUUUGGAAAAGUCAGAAUUAACUAACCCGAUUAUACAGAAUGACGGAAGUGUGGGAAAAUUGACUACUUCAAGGAACAACAAUAUACUAGUCGCUCAGGACAAUAGAAACGUUUGGCAGCUUAAAGUGCCUCAAACGUGCCGAAUUAGAUCGCGAUCAGCAAGUCCAGCUAACAGAAGGGUGUCUUAUUUAAUGGCAACUGAAGGAAUAGUUUCCUCCAAUACACUGCAGUUACAGUCGAAAGUAAAUGAAGAGGACAAUGGUUUAACUAGUUUCCAAGACAAGAACAACGUUUUUGAU